GAUGGUUCAUCCAUUAACAACAAUAGAUUAAUUUAUAUCUGUACUAGGGAGUGAAGAUGACAUAUUUAAUUGUUUUAUUUCUCCGUCUUCAAUUUUUUUUUCUUUUUUUUAGAGGAUUUUUUUUUCUUUUCUUUUCAUUUUUUUUCAGCUUGAAGGAAAAAGAUGAAGAAUGCAAGUAUAUCGUGAGAUCUGUAAAAACACUAACAACCAAAAGAAGCCAAAUACUUAGCGCAGUUUAAAAACAAGUUUGUUUUGUGGUUAACAUAUGAUCAAAUUAUGCCAGUAACAAAGUUAAUAAGUUUCUAUAUGUGAUUUUCCAAAAACAGACAAUACAAUGGCUUCAUCUGAAAAUCGGCUAAACACGUUGGUUAAUGUGUUUUCUUCAGAAUUAUACCAGGCUUUGCGAAGCGAUGAUGGAAACUUAAUUGUGUCCCCCUUUGGUAUUCAGGUUUUAUUAGCAAUGACGCUUGAAGGUGCCGAUGGAAAAACAGAAAAUGAAAUCGCUAAUAUCAUACAUCACUCAAAAAAUGAUAAAGAGAUGCUCAAAGCCUAUAAAGCUGCGAUAAACAGUUUAGAAAGUCCUAAUUUGAAAAUCGCCACACGAAUGUUUGUUAAUAAGGCCGUUGAAAUAAAGAGCGAUUUUAAGGCACUUACAAGUGAGUAUUUCUCGUGUGAAGUUAAUAGAAAAGAUUUCAAAAAAAGACCAGAAGAAUGUAGAAUUGAUAUAAAUAAAUGGGUGGAGAAAAAAACGAGCCAAAAAAUAAAAGAUCUGUUUCCGGAAGAUUCUAUACACGCUGAUGAUAGCUUAGUAAUGGUUAAUGCGAUGCACUUCUAUGCUGAAUGGCAGACCAGAUUCGAAAAAGAAAAUACUAUUGUUAUGCCUUUUCAUGUCACUCCUCAUAGAACAGUGAAUGUGAGAAUGAUGGUUGCGUGUAAAUCAUUCCAUUACGUGGAGUCUGAAAAACUGGAUGCCAAGAUUAUAAAACUUCUAUACUCGGAUGAAGUUUUCAGCAUCAUAAUUUUUCUACCAAAUAAAUUAGAAGGUUUGUCUGAAACAGAAAAUAAACUGAAAUCUAUAGAUCUAUUCGAAGAAUUGUCGACUCUCAACCAACGUACGGUGAAUCUCAUGUUGCCGAGGUUCAGGAUUGAAAAAACUAUAGACCUCAACAAUUUGAUUUCACAACAAGUACCUACAGCCUUUACUGACAAGGCAAACUUCCCAGGGAUAACCAAUGGACCCCUUAAUAUCAGUAAGAUUAUACAAAAAGCCUUCAUUGAGGUUAAUGAACGAGGGACUGAAGCAGCCGCCGCCACCGGUAUCGUUUUAACGCCUCGUUCAAGGAAGACCGUUGAAGAGAUGAAAUGCGACCAUCCAUUCUUUUUCCAAAUUCUCAAAGGUGGUAUUAUACUGUUUCAAGGCGCUCUUAUCGAACCAGAUCCAGAGAGAUAUCCAACAAUACUCGAACAAGGAACAAAUAAAUUUUGUAAAUAAUUAAACAGGAAAAACAAGCAUCAGAGUAUUUCAUACAUUAAUGCUAUAAAAUUGUUAAAUGUUCG